UGGGACCGGCGCAGCGGGAGGCCGCGCUGUCCUCUCGCCUCUAGCUCCGGCCUGGGAAGGGCCCGGUCUGUCCGUCCGUCCGUCCGCCUGCCCGUCCUUCCUUCGGGCGACCUCGGAUGCAGCGCCCUCCUCGCCCCGUCCGGAGGUUUACCAAAAACCUCUCUCCAGACAAAAUCAACCUGAGCACACUGAAAGGUCAGGGGCAGCUGACUAACUUGGAACUGGAUGAAGAGGUGCUGCAGAAUGUGUUGGAGCUGCCCACCUGGCUUGCUAUCACACGAGUCUAUUGCAACAAGGCUUCCAUUCGGAUCCAGUGGACAAAACUGAAGACACACCCAAUCUGCCUGUACUUGGAUAAGGUGGAAGUGGAGAUGCGAACAUGUGAAGAGCCUCGGCCACCCAAUGGACAGUCUCCUAUUGCUCUUGCUGCAGGUCAGAGUGAAUAUGGCUUUGCUGAAAAGGUGGUGGAGGGGAUGUUUAUUGUCGUCAAUUCCAUCACUAUCAAGAUUCACUCCAAGGCCUUUCACGCCUCUUUUGAACUAUGGCAGCUCCAAGGAUACAGCGUCAACCCCAGUUGGCAGCAGAGUGACCUGCGGCUCACCCGCAUCACUGACCCUCAUAGAGGAGAGGUCUUAACGUUUAAAGAGCUCACCUGGCAGACGCUUAGGAUAGAGGCUGAUGCCACUGACAAUGGUGAUCAAGAUCCUAUUACCACUCCUCUGAGACUCAUUACCAAUCAGGGCAGGAUCCAGAUAUCUCUCAAGAGAAGGACAAAGGAUUGCAAUGUGGUGGCCUCUAAGCUCAUGUUCCUCCUUGAUGACUUGCUCUGGGUGCUGACAGACUCUCAGCUGAAAGCAAUGAUGAAGUAUGCAGAGUCCCUGAGUGAAGCCAUGGAGAAGUCUGCCCAGCAGAGGAAGAGCAUGGCUCCAGAACCUCUCCAGAUUACACCACCUGCUCCUGCUGCCCAGCAGUCAUGGUCCCAGCCAUUUGGAGGUAGCCCAAAUGCAAGCAGCAUUGGCCAAUACUUUGAGAAAUAUGACAUGAAAGAGUCGUCCUACCACCUGCUCAUCUCUCGCCUAGACCUGCACAUCUGUGAUGACAGCCACACCCGGGACUCAGACACCUCAAACCAUAGAGUGCUGGGAGGCGCAAUGCAGCUGACCUUCAGGAGGAUGGCAUUUGACUAUUACCCCUUCCACUGGGCAGGAGACACCUGCAAGCAUUGGGUGAGGUACUGUGAGGCGAUGGAGGCUCGGGGACAGUGGGCGAAGAAGCUUGUGAACGAUUUUCAAAGCAAGAUGGAGAAGCAGUGUGAAGAAAUGGACCCCGUAUCUGCAAAGAUUCCACUGUCGCCCUUCAAAAAGAAACCAGACCUGUCCAGUCCUCACAAAAGUUCUCCAGAGAAAGGCCAUCCUCAGGCCCGGGCUCCUCCCCUGAGCUUACCCCAGCUUCGGCGCCCUGCCUGGAACCGGCUUCGAUCCAGCUGUGUGGUAGUCCGAGUGGAUGACCUGGACAUCCAUCAGGUUUCUACUGCUGGGCAGCGUAGUAAGAAGCCUUCCUCCUUGCUCUCCUGCAGCAGGAAAUCCCUGAACCUUCCCAAAGAGGUCUCUGCGAUCCACAUUGAGUUCACAGAGUACUACUUCUCAGACAAUCAGGAAUUCCCAGUUCCAUGCCCCAACCUGUAUGUGCAGCUGAAUGGCCUGAUGUUUACCCUGGAUACAGUGAGCAUGCUCUGGGUGAAUUUCUUCUGCCUGGAUCUUUAUCGCAGCCUGGAGCAAUUCAAAGCCAUCUACAAGCUGGAGACCUCUGGCAAGCAGGAUGAGCACGUUGAUGUUCGACUAGAUGGCUUUGGGCUGAAGCUAAACGUCCCGGUGGAGAAGAAAGUCACUGACCACCGGGACCGCCCGCAGACCCUCUCAGUCCGCAUGUCCGAGAUGACUGCCACCAACACACGCCAUGCUCCACACUGCAGCUGCCUUGCCCUCCAGAACCUCUUCCGCAGAUUUGCCAACUCUGAGUUCUUUCACUCUACCUACACCCACUUUCCAAAGUCUCGGGACAGCUUCAGCAUCCUCCACACCCUCUUCUUAAGGCAUGCAUACCAGGUGGAUGCCAGAGCCGAAAAUCACACGGGUUUUCCCCUGGUGACACAGAGGACCACUGCUUCUGACGACCUGUGGUCUAUUAAUUUCACCCAGAUUUCCUUGGACUUUGAGGGGGCUGAGAGUUCAAAGGGCAGAGCUGUGAACUUCAUUGAUCCUUUCCCCCUCUCAGUUUGGGUUUGCUGUCCCAAGAAAUGGCAGCAGGCUCAAGCCUGGAAGCAACAGGCCUCUGCUGCUUUGGAGGUGAAAAUCAAGCCUUCUGCAAGCUUUAGUAAUCAUGCCAAACACCAGGACCUUACCGUAGAGUCUGGGAUCCGCCAAAGAUCAAAGACUGAGCAAGACCUGAGAAGCAUCCACAAGAUCCCAGAGGCAAUGAAUGUCUUGAGAGAAAGUGACUGUGAAAUUAAUGACAGAGGGGGUGAUAAAGAGCUAGAAGCCUCUGCUGAUAUUCACAUGCUUAUGUACUCAGCUGCUCAUGUGAAAGUUCGGCUGAAUCACUACCAAUACUUGGUGCUGCUCAGGAUGAGGGAAGUUAUGCAGACACUGCAGGAGCAGUUGGCCCAAGAUACACAGGAGGUGAUUGGCUCCCCCAUAGAACCCCUGACUGCUUGCUUGGGUCUCCUGUUCAACAGUGCAGAAGUGGCCCUGCUCAUGAAUCCCAUCCCAGGCUCUGGCUCAGAUCCUAGGUCUGUGGACUCCGAUACAACGAGCCUGAUGAUGGGGUCUGAGCUGUCUCCUUCAGACAGCAAGGAGGGGCUGGCUGCUGAAGAGAAGGAGUUGAAAUCAGAUGCUAGCUCAGAGAAGGAAAUGGGCAGCCCCUCAAAAGUCCUGGAGGAUAGUGAGAAUGAAAACACAGACGUGAGCGUUACCAGUGAGCUGCUGGAGAAACUGCCAAAAUCUUUGACUGAUGAAACUCUGGAAGCAACCGAUAUGGCAGAUCCACAGAGCAGGAGCGUGGAGGAGAAAGGACCAAUAGAAGAAGCACAUGAAGCUGUAGAAGCCCUGGAUGCAGAGAGAGUGACUGAGCAUAGCAGUCAGACCUCUCUUGCCCUUCCUUCCAGCUCAUCUGAGGUUCAGGCAAUGGGAAAUGGAAGUAUCAUGCUCAAUGGAGAAGUAGAACUAAUGCCAUUAAAGAGCUUGGAGGUGGAAUUCUCGAGUGCACUUCAUAUGACAAAAGAUGCCACUAAAGAAGCUCUGCAUGCGACCAUGGACCUCACCAAAGAAGCUAUGUCGAUGACUAAAGAUGCUUUCAGCCUGAGUCGGGAAAGGAUGGCUUCCACCAUGCAGAAAAUGCUCUCUCUACCGCCAACCAAGGAUCCUGUGCCUAAAGCUGAAGAGGGGCCAGCAACUCCCGGGGGAAGCAGCAGCCGGAUGCGUUUCUUCUCCAUGAAGAGGACAGCAUCCCAGCAUUCUUUUGAUGCCGCCUCCGUAGAUGGGAGUGGCCCCGAGGACCGGAUCUCUGUGGACAGUGACGGCAGUGAUGGGGGCUUUGUGAUGCUCGCAGACUCUGAACCCAGCCUGGAUCAUUUUCCCACAGGACACCUUCCUCGUGGCCUUAACGAUGCAGGCAGCAGAGGAAGCCCAGUGGCAGAGGAUGAGGGUGGAGGGUCACCUGACAUAAACAGCUCAUCUUUUCAGAGCGGAGAAGACCCCAGUCUUCAGCUGGUGUCUGUUCUGGUGCUAAAAAUGAAUGAGGUGAACUGCGGGAUAGAAGUGAGAGGAGAUGAUAUGUCGCUUGCUGUACAAGCUACGGAGGUUAUUCCAGAGCAGCUGGGAAAUAUUGGAAUGUGGCAGUAUCUUCAUAGCUACAUGGGAGAACUAAGCGUAGAGAAACCCUCAGCUACAGAAACUAGUCAGACUCAGCCAGAAGUGUGCAUGCGUCUUGAAAUGGGACCCAGUGCCGUUGUGCAUUCGACCCUCGCUGUUCAGAACGGGUUCCUUCAAAUGCUGAUCCACAACUACCAGGCAGAGCUCUUGAUGUCUUUCCUUACCAACCUCGGCCCUUUCCUUGAGGAUGAAGUGAUACCGGAGGUGAUCCCCAUGAAAAUAGAGAUUGUGAACACCAAGAUCACGCUGAAGGAUGACAGCCCUCCAAUAUACCCUACCUCCCCUGGUCCUAUCCCCAUCACCUUGGCUGUGGAUCACGUUGUUGUGACGCGCAAAGAUGACGGGGUGUUCUGCGUAACAGCUGUUGAGGGUGAAGGACCAUAUUUGCGGAAAAGGCCUGAGCCAGACCUUCAGGAGCACAAGGUCUCAGCACUGAGAGUCCCAGCAGCUCCUGCAGGAGCAGUGCAUGAAGUGCAGCUGAAGGAAGUGCCGGAGUUGCAGAAGGAGCUGGAGGGCAUGAAAAUGGCCCUAGAAGCCGCCAGCAAGGACAAAGAACGCCUUCUGCAGGAAAUCCGCAAACACGACCCCCUCUUCCAGCUCUGACAGCAGAGGCCUGCCCUGCCCACCACUGCUCAGGAGGAGCAGGGAUCACCACCAGCACUGAGGUGGCUAGUUUGUGACAUGGCUGCUAAACAGGUCAACCUCUGUACAGAGGAAUCACUUGGGGGAAUGGGAACCCAAAUGCUGCUGUAAGAGGAACUCCGAAGUGUGUGAUGAGAGGAAAGCAGGCCCGGCUUGGGGAAGGGGGAUGAGCAAGGGGAGCUCCCUGGUUCUGGUCUGGCAGCCACGUUCCUCUGUCCUGGCAGUGUGGUGCUACCCUCUAUCACUGACCCAGUGCAGAGCUCAGUCAAGGAGCCCAAAAUGCCAGAACAGUAGUCAGGAGCCAGGGUCUCCUUGUCUUGUCAGUUGACAACAGAGAUGACUGCCUACUUUCACCCGCUGACUGUCUGUUUCCUCUCUCGUGUUUGCUCCUCAUGCUGGGUGGUGCCGCUUGGUUCUUCAUCUAGCACUGUCCUGUGUGUUUUUGUCCAGAUGCACUCACCAAAGAGCACAGGUGAAAGCAAUAAGGUCAAUUUGUCAAGGCCAGGCCUAGUCAGACAUUUCAGUGGAUGUUGCACAGAGUUCUUUGGUGAGAGCAUGAUGUAGCCGAAGACUGGAAUGAAACUGUAGGGCUUGCUGUGUGUGGGAGAUAGAGAAAUCUCUCCUCUAGGGAGAGGAAAUGUGGCCUGGAGCUUCCCCUGAGCAACCCAGGGAGCCAUGGUAGAAAGGAUUCCCUCUAGUUCCCUUUUCCACUAAACAUUUGCUGCCUUGGGAUUGAACCAGUGUAUAUGCUAGUUUAAAAACCAUCUACCCUUUCUGAAGCCCACUUCCCACACAGUAUCCAGACACCCUAGCUAUUGCCUGUACCCCAGUGCAAGACUGCCAUGUUCCCUCACUUGUUAGGUAACACAUGCUGGGCAAGUUCAGCUUUAUCUCCUGUGCUGAAGCCUGUGGGAAUCCAGCAUCUCCUCUCAAAGAAUGAUUUAAUCUUUGAAGCAAGGAAUCAGGGUGAAGGGAGUGUUUUGUAGGUCAUGGUUGAGGAAAGGAGGCUAGCUUAUGAACUGCACUUAUCUAUCAGAGGUGCACAGACUGCAGCAACAGAAGCCUAGAGAGCAACAGUAACUUCUUAGCUUUCCAACCUGAAGCAUGAGCUGAACCGACAGUUGAAUGUUCAGCCAGGCCGCUUAUGUGUUUCAUCAGGACACUGAGCACUGGGACCUUUUCUGAGAGGGUUCUGGUUGCCUCUUCACUGUGCUAUCCCUGUGAUGGGAUCAAGGCAGCAACUGUGGUGUUCACUCUGGUAAAAUGCCAGCUAAAUGCUACCCCUUCUCCAACAUACUGUCCUGAAGCAGUUGAAGUCUUUGAAGUUAGUCUGUGCCUGUUUUCAUGUCAAAAGACAGCUUCCCCAGGUAUGAAGCCUGGUAAAAUGUGAAGUAGGCAUCGGUAGAAAACUACUGGAGAAAAUGCUCUUUGUGAUAUCCCAAGCAUAAAUUGUUCUCCCGAGGGCUAAAUGGUAUGGUUUCUUCUCUCCUAGCCAAGCUAAUGCAUAGUCUAGGCAUCCAGUGAAGAAGCCACUGUGUGUGUGACUGCCUACUCUAGGGGGCAUGAUGGAAUCCUGCAGCAGAAGAGGUGGAGAGGGGGCAUGAGGGAAAGUGGCCCCCAACCGUAGAUGCUGUUGUAUGGUGGGACUAAGUUGUAUAGUUUAGCAUGAAACGUGGUACAGGUUUGUCAGUUCUGUGCUGCUGAGGACUGUCCACCCACAGCACCUUCUUGCAUGUGGAUGUUUUCUUGGAUUUUAAUGCAUUUCAAACACUUUUCUGAGUUUGGAUUUUCCAGCCAUAUUUUAUAGGUGUAUUCAUGCACCAGUUUUAAUGCACACAACACUUUAUAAUGCAUGUUAAACAAGUAGAAGAGUGCACCUAAUUGGCUUGGGGAAAACUUAACUACAAAGAUAACUGACUGCAUAGGUGAUGGUGACCUUCCUUUCUUAACUGUGGGAAGGCCAGGUCAUAUGAGAAUGGAAGCUUUGUCUAACCAUAUUCUAGUUCUCCACUUCAUGAUCCCCAACACUUUUUCACCCUGAAAAGCAGAUUAGCAUUCUGGUGGCAUUUUGUCUGUCAUAAAGGUUCUGUUGUGUUUUUAACCCCACUAAAAUUAAGCUAGAUAAACUCUUAUAAGGUCAGGAUUACACUCGGUCCAAGUAAUGAGUUGUGACUCCUACUCAGAAGCCAUGAUGGCUUGAUAGCUGGGGACUGAACAAAAGGAAGAAGGCGAUUUGUGCUGUUGCUUUUCCCCAUUAGUCUUGCAUAUAGAUCUCUUUGUCCAGCGGUGGAGAUAUGUACUUCUCUUUCCUGGGGACUGUAGUGUGGCUUUAGCUGCAGGGAAGAAAACUGCAUGCUUUAAUGUGCUGGUUUAAUGGUAGAGACUGGGGGAGGGUGUGUUGAACAAAGGCUCACAAAGAGCCUUGUAGCUCUUAGCAAAAUGCUCUGUGCAUGAGAAAAGGGAGGAAGACAGCCAGAUUAGAACCCAGUGAAAAUGGCUAGCAUUCUUAUCUCUGUUAGUCUGAAGGUAGGGUUGACCAGUGUCAUAGUUGGUCCUUGCCUGCUACACUGGAAUAGACAGCCUCAGGACAAAGAGAGCGGAGCUCUGCUGCUCCACUUAUCUUUGCCAUCUGCCUGCCAAGAUGGGACUGACUAGUGCCUGAAUGCAGCAAGAGCUUGACUUUCACUACAUGAAUAGGUAAUGUGUUGGGAAUGAUUUUCCUUUGGCAAUGACUGGGCAGCUGAAGCCUAAAAGGUUCUGCAGUGGUGAGGUAAUAAGGUCACUUUUGACAUCCCAUCUGACUACUGCACUGUUGGUUGGAUGCUGUACCUGAGAGUCAUUCACUGCGCUACCUUGGAUGCGGGGCAGAACCUAUGAAAAUGGAUACUUCCUCUGGAGAAUUGUGCCUCAUCCCAUCCCCUCAGUGCAGGCCCUGACAGGUUCUUUGUGCA